GGAAGAAGUAGCGUUGUUUUGAAUUAGCAUUUGAUACUAGCUACCAGCUAGAAAAACAAACACACUGUUUUUUACCAUUGUUAUACUCACUUGCCGUUUUUGUGUCAAUUGGGUAAAAUGCUGCACCUUAUGAUUUUUGACUCGAAGUCGUGUUUAUUAUCGUGACUGACUGGGCAUUGACACAAGCUUAGCUGAUUUUGUUGUGUAUCCUCACUGAGGAAAUGGACCACCACAGAUCCUACAAUCCCAGCUCCAGUUACCACAACCAGUCAGCAUACAAGAGAAAGAGAGAUGACGCUGAAAGAAAUCACUAUGGAAAUAAAUACUUCAGACCAAACCACCACCACCAACACCACCAUCAGUCUGGACCACCCUCUAGGCAAAAUCCAAUCAGCUCUCAGGCUUUGAGCACCAGAAGGGAGCUGUAUGAAAAAGACUUUCCUGUGUACAAACAGCCUGUGGAAGUGGGAUGCUUUUCCCUCGACUCUGAGCGAAGAUUCUUCAAUGACAGCAGGCAGAUGAGAUACUAUGUGGAACCUGACAGAAAUCCUAAUUUUGACCUGAGGGAUGGAUACAAGGAUCGCUUUAUAAAGAGAGACGACAGUGUGAAGGAGAAGCUGGACCACAUCCUGCGGUGGAUCUUGGCCAACAGAUCAAAGCUCACGUCAAGGACGACCAUGGCCUCAUCAAGUGCUUUAGAUCUUGACUUUGUGACAUGGCGUGGUCAUCUGACCAAGCUGCUGACCACUCCCUACGAGACACGGGAGGGCUGGUUGCUGGCGGUCACCAGGUUCGGGGGAACGCUUUACAUCAGCGAAGUUGAAACAGAUGCUGCUCGAAGGGAACGAGACAACCGCACUGAAAGGCAUGAAGAGAUGAUGUAUUGGGGAUACAAGUUUGAGCAGUAUGCAUGCACAGAUAACGUCCAGAGUUCACCUGACCCGAGCGGAGUGGUUAACACUAAUGAGGCCUUCUGCACUGUGGUGCAAACUCGGCUGGCAGAUCACAAACUUCUGUUCUCUGGUGAAGUGGACUGCCGGGAUAAAGAUCCCAACGCUCCAGCUCCUCCUGCCUGCUAUGUUGAGCUGAAGACCUCUGCAGAGAUCUGUACCCCCAAACAGCGCAGCAACCUCCACAGGUUCAAACUGCUGAAGUGGUGGGCACAGUCUUUCCUCCCUGGAGUCCCUCGUGUUGUAGCAGGUUUCCGGGAUCAUGACGGAGUGGUCGUCUCUGUGGAGACAUUUCACAUCUCCAAGAUUUCACAUCUCAUCAAGAAUGAAUACAACUGCUGGAAACCGACAGUCUGUAUGAACUUCUGCUGUGAUUUCUUGUCUUUUGUGAAACGUGUUGCUACUGAGGACAAUCCUGGUAUGGUGUAUCUGUUCUCUUGGGAGCCCCACAGAGAUGUGACCUACUCAGUUCACAGAGACUCCCAGUAUUCCUUCCUGCCACACUGGUAUGUGGAGGAGAUGACCAGUAGUCAAGACUCACACCAUCAGUCCUGAGUUACAACUGAUAUGUGGUCAACAGGAACUGUUGAUAGAUUACUAUGAACCUCCAAUGGAAGGUUCUUUACCAAAAUUUUUUUUAAAUUUAAUGUCACUGAUUAUAUACUACUCCAUGAUCUUCUUGUUCGUCUUUUACAAGCGAACCAUGUUUGUUUUUUCCACCUGGCAUGUGGUGAUUUUAAAUAAAACAGUAAUUUUAGAA